AUGUUAAUUUUGCUUGCAGGAGAAGACGAUUUAGGUGAUGGUACAGUUGGAUGUGGUCUUCGUUCAGAUGCAGUAAAAUUAUUUAUAGAAUUUAACUGGCAUUGGAUGAACCAAGUUUACAGUGGGAUUGAUUUUGACUUAGAAAAUAAAAGAUUUAGAAAAAAUGAAGAAGAAAUACGUAGGAGAAUAAUGCAUCGUGGAAAGUUUUUGUUGGCUUAUUCACCUAUAAUCAUUGGUGAAAAAGAAUUACCAUGUUUUUUUCAGAAUUGCUUUGAAGCGCUUUCAAUUUGUGAAAAAACAUUUAUAAGAUUUAGUAAGCGAAAUUGA